AAACGAAUUAAUCUGAAAACUUAAAUCUAAAAUUAUUAAGGCUUUCCGACUGAUUGAAUGAUCAUUAUUCUCACAAAAAUGCCACUUAACGCUAUUGUUACAGUGGAACCUUUAGUUUUAGCUAGUGAGGGGCGGUCACUAUUAUUUUUUGUUUAACUACGUCUUAAUCUCGAUAUUUAAAACCGCGCACAUUACAUUCCGGAAACUGAUCGUUAGAUUGCGCGUACCUGUAACAUGGCUGGUGAAAUUGAAGCUCUGAAAAAUGUCGCUACACGCCUUCGAAUAAACUCAGUGAAGUCUACUGAGGCAGCGGGAUCAGGUCACCCAACAUCAUGUGCCUCCUUGGCGGAAAUAAUGUCUGUGCUUUUCCUGAAGGAAAUGCAUUUCAAGCCCGACUCACCGAAAAAUCCUUCAAACGACAGGUUCGUUUUGUCGAAGGGUCAUGCAGCUCCAAUUCUCUAUGCAGCAUGGUCAGAAGUUGGUUUGUUUCCUGAGUCGGAACUGUUGAAUUUACGUAAGAUCGAUUGCGACUUGGAGGGGCACCCUACACCUGUAAGAAUGUUUUAUUUUCAUAAUACUCUCACAGCGCUUGCCUUUCGUCGAUGUGUCAACAGGAUCCUUAGGGCAAGGUAUUAGUAAUGCUGCUGGUAUGGCAUACGUCGGGAAAUAUAUUGACAAGGCUAGCUACCGGGUGUACUGUGUUGUGGGAGAUGGAGAGUCCGCCGAAGGUAGUGUCUGGGAGGCACUCGCAUUUUCUUCAUACUACAAACUGGACAACUUAGUUAUAAUUUUCGACGUUAAUCGUCUUGGGCAAAGUCAACCAACACAAUUACAGCAUGAUCUUGACACUUAUAAAAGACGAACCGAAGCAUUUGGGUGUCACUCGAUCGUUGUGGAUGGUCAUGAUAUUCAAGAAUUAUUGAAGGCUUUCUCAGUAGCUCGAACAGUCAAAGACAAACCAGUCGCUUUGAUUUGUAAGACAUUCAAAGGUCAAGGAUUUCCUGGAAUUGCAGAUCAAGAUAAUUGGCAUGGAAAGCCUCUUGGAGCUAAAGCCAAAGAAGUUUUGGAACAUUUAAAUGCUCAGUUAACGGCCAAAGAUACUAGUGGUCAUCAUCUUGCUCCCUUGAAACCACUAGAUGACUGUAGUGAAUUGAAACUAAUGGGCAGUAUCAAGUUGCCUUCUGCACCACAAUAUAAACUUGGAGACCAGGUGGCCACUCGACUUGCCUAUGGUAAUGCUCUUGCUCGUAUUGGACAAACCUGUGACAGGGUUAUAGCUCUUGAUGGAGAUACUAAAAACUCGACUUUCAGCAUUAAACUUCGCGAUGCUAAACCAAACCAGUUUAUUGAGUGCUUUAUCGCUGAACAGAAUUUAGUUGGUGUCGCUAUUGGUUGUGGUGCUCGGGGAAGAACAAUACCAUUUGUAAGUACAUUUGCAGCUUUCUUCACUCGUGCAUUCGAUCAAAUACGUAUGGGUGCUGUUUCUCAAACUAACUGUAAUUUUGCGGGAUCACAUGUUGGAGUCAGUAUCGGUGAAGAUGGACCAAGCCAGAUGGGUUUAGAAGAUCUGGCUAUGUUCCGUUCUAUCAUUGGUUCCACUGUAUUCUAUCCUUCGGAUGCCGUAUCAGCGGAACGCGCUGUUGAGUUAGCGGCCAAUACUCCAGGAGUUUGUUACAUACGCACUGGACGACCAAAUCAACCUGUGAUUUAUUCUCCCGAAGAAUCCUUCUCCGUCGGCAAAGGAAAAGUCGUCCGUACAGCAGGAGCUACUGCGGAUCACUUAACUGUAGUCGGUGGUGGUAUUACCAUAACCGAAGCUCUAAAGGCAGCUGAUAUUCUUGCAGCUGAAAAAAUUAAUAUUCGUGUCAUUGAUCCUUUCACUAUUAAACCGAUGGAUAAAGAUUUGCUAGCAAAGGCUGUAAAAGAAACGUGCAAUAAAGUACUAACAGUAGAAGAUCAUGCUCCUGAAGGAGGUAUCGGAGAUGCGGUUAGUGCAGCACUUUCACAAUGUGGUGUAAUGCAUACUGUACAUCGACUAGGUAUAACAGAAAUACCACAUUCCGGUAAACCAGAAGAAUUGAUAGCGAAAUAUGGCAUCGAUGCAAAGGCUAUUGUUCGUGCUGUCAAGACAUUGCUUGGCAAAUAAAAUAUUUGUCUCGUUUUGUGUUCUAGAGUGCAAUGAGGGGGAGAGGGGAGUGGUGGAGAAGCAUGGCGCAAUUUGACUAAAUCAUUAAUAUUGUCAUGAUUCCAAAUUAUAAAUAAUUUUGUUUUACUUUUUUAGUUAUGUUUGUGUGUGUCUGUGCAGUUAAUGCACUUUUAUUUCUGGAGACACUCAAAGUGUCUUUAGCUUAAUAUAAUAUAGCUCUUUUUUAUUUAAUAAAUACUUGUCUUGUUA